AUGAUUCCACGACCCUCGACUUCAAGCUUCUUCCUCCUCCGCGCAGCAGCAGCAGCAGCAGCAGCAGCACGCGCGCUGUCUCCCUCCUCCGCCAUUACCCUCCGUUCCUCGUUUAGUAGAAUGCUACCUGCGGCGAGGACGUUUGCGAACUCGACGGCGGGGACGGCCGCGCGGAGACCGAUGGUUGGGGGGGUUAUGGGGAGGGAGAUGGGAGUGGGAGCAGGAGCAGGAGGAAAAGUCGCGGGAAUGGGGGGGCUGGAGCAGGUUCGGGGGAUGAAGGUUAGGAGUUCGGUUAAGAAGCUUUGUGGGGGGUGCAAGAGCGUGCGCAGGAAGGGUGGCAAGUCGGGCAAGGGGCAUGUGUAUAUCAUCUGCUCGCUGAACCCGAAGCACAAGCAGCGACAGGGGAAGUAG